AUUUAAAUUAAUCCUUAUGUGCUACAACAAUGCACAAUCUACAACCACUGACCUGUCAUAAACAACGAAGAUGGCUUAAGGUAGACUCGUUAUCUGUUAAUUCUUUUAACGUUGACAUGAUGUGUGUUACUAUUCACAAGGUUUUUCAUUUCUUUUAAUGAAGAAUUAGAUUUGUUUGCAAUUAUGGCUCAAGCGAAACUUCACUCACAGGAAGAAACAAGUAGCACACUUAACGAUAAAGAGAAGGAAGCUGACGAAAAAGAAGGUUCAACAACAGUCCUAGAAUGUGCAGUCUGCCUUCAACCAUGUAUAUAUCCUGCAAGAUUACCUUGCAAUCAUAUAUAUUGUUACCUCUGUGUCAAAGGUGUUGCGAAUCAAAGCAAAAGAUGUCCCAUGUGUCGUCAAGAAAUUCCUCCUGAUUUUCUUAAUAGACCACAACUGGUAGAAGUAGAUGAAGCACGGAAGGAAUCAGAACAUUUUGAAGAAGAAUAUCAAUGGUUUUACGAAGGUAGAAAUGGUUGGUGGCAAUAUGAUCAACGUACAAGUCAUGAAUUAGAAACUGCAUAUAAACAAGGCAAACGGAAUUGUGAAUUAUUGAUCGCAGGAUUUCUUUAUAUUGCUGAUUUUGGUUCAAUGCUCCAAUUACGUAGAAAUGAUCCUUCUAGGCGAAGAAAAAUUAAACGUGAUUUAUAUAAUGUACCAAAAAAAGGAGUAGCAGGUUUAAGAUUAAUUAAUCAAGAUGAAGAAAUCACUAGAGAAGUAAGGGGAGCAGAAAGACCAGCUAGUCCUGCAAGUGAUGAUAUGGGCACCGGAGAUGGUACAAAUACUCCAGUACCUCCAAGUAAUACACCACAAACACCAGCUGGUGGAACAGCAAGUGGUGAUGCUACACCUCUAAAUGACAGAAUGGAACAAAGAGACUCUUUACAUCAGGUAUUAGAACAAAUGCGUUCCUUAGUUCUGAGAGAACAUUUAUCUUCAGAUACAGAUGAUGAAUUAGAGGAAGAUGAAGGAAGUGAAUCACCUUCCACUCAUCCUACAUUAUAAUGACUACAAACAUCUAAUAUUUCCUAUUCAUCAAAUGAAGAUCAUUUUUAAAAAGUUUAAUUUAUUGAAAUAAAUGUGCAUCCUAUUAAAUGAAAAAUAUAGUAUAAUAAACUCAUGUACAUGUUCAAAGAUGCAGAACAUUUAUAUAUGUGAUGUACUGACAUGCAAUCUGUACAUUGCUCUGUGAUGCUUAUUAAAAACAAAACAAUUAAGUACAAUUAAGUCUUUCACAACUAAAUAUUCAGUGGAUGAUCAUUUUAAAUAUUCUUUUGCAUAUUACGAAUGUUCAGGCUUUAUAAAUGCAUAUAUUAGUAAUUUUACACUUUUUACCAUCUCCUUAAAAAAUGUUCUCCAGGAAAGAAAUAUCAUUCCAUGUUCCUGUACUUUAAUGUUGAUUCUACUUAAUUCAUGUUUAUGUAAUUUUCAUAAUUAUUGUAAAUUAUGUUAUGUCGUAACUUUAGGUUAUUGAGAGUAAUUAAGAAUAUUUAAAAUUUUUUUGUAUCUUAAAAAAUAACAAUAAUCUACUGUUUUUGCACAUAAAAUAUUAAUAUAUUCUGAAAUUUAGCAAUAUUUUCUUAUUUAUACGUUCGAUAUAAUUAGCGCACUGCCAUCUUUUUUGCAUUUGUUAUCAGCAUUUCUUAUAUUAAUCUUUUAAAUUGAUGCAUAUCGAAAAAUAACAUGAUUUUCAUUCAACUUGUUAAUAUUAUCGUUAAAAAUAAAC